AUGGACGAGCCCAAGCGAGAGGCGGCAAGAGUCCGUCAGGUGAGUGCAGCGGCAGGGAGUUUGCCACUAGAGAGCCCAUCGGUGACUGACCUGCCGCCAAGAGAUUCGUCGCGUGAAAGUCCACCCAAGUCGGCUGCCGAAAGAGUCUUCGCCAUCGUCGAGCUAGCAGAGUUCAUUCUGCUGGAAUCACCACCUAGGGCCGUCCUCCGAAAUCGAAGAGUCAGUAAAGUCUGGCAGGCCACAGUGCUCGGCUCCAAAGCUCUGCAACAAGCUCUUUUCUUCGAGCCUGUAAUCGCGGGUUUUAAGGAGACCUCCAUUCAUCACCCAUACCUUCGCCAGAUUACAAGCUCGGAUGUCUACUCGAAUGAAUCAGACCCCUCUGCUUCUUGGAGACGCCAGCUGCUGAAUCAGCCACCCGUCCUUGACUGCAAGCUUAGAGUUGAGUGCGAACAGACCCAGACUUGUAGGUAUCACCUGAACGACUCCCCUGGCGUUCGACUCGGCGCCGUCAACGAUACUAUCAGAAGGAGGUCCAUCAGUCACAGGCGGUGUGGAUGCCUCAGUAUCAGAAAAUGGCACACGAGUGAGGCUUACCUAGGCGAGUGGAGUUGGUGGACAUUUGGAGAGAAGCCUGCUAGGGAGUGGCUGGCGGCCAUGAAGAGAGACAUAUGA